AUGUAUAUUCCGGGUCACCAAGAACAGCAACAGCAACAGCAACAGCAACAACCAGAACAGACAAUGGCCACAGAGAUGGUACAAGCAAUGCUGUGGGGGUUCAUGUGCUCCGCUGCAGUUGCUGGGUUCCUUGCCGUCAUCGCCGCUUUCGGGUAUUGUGUGGUGCACUUAAACUCCAGAGACAGAAAUAAAAUCACCACAGCCCGCGGUCGGUACGGGGACACAAGGUACAUAUACAGCAUGACGGCGCCGCCGAUCCCGUAUGUCAUGUCGGAAGCGGCAGCCCAGUCAGGAAGGGCCCAUCACGACAUUCACACUCCCAUCCAUGGAGGUUCACAGUUCAGCAUGAAGGAGCUUUACGACAUGAUGCGCAACAACAUUUUCAGCUCGGAUAGUGAUGGUAGCAACGCAAAAGACGACGAUGAUUGCGUCAACCAGUAUUCCAGCCUGCUCGCAAACGCUGACUUCGGGCAGCACAACUCGUCGUUCGACAGCUUUGGAACGACCACUGGGGGAGAAAACGUUGCCCCUACCCAAAGUGAGGUAGCUGAGCCAUGCGUUUCAUAG